UUGAUUCAUUCUCUGUGUGUUCUGCCUUAGUCAUUUGAAACAGAAUGGACAGCGAGCAAAAGGUCAAAGCUGUUGUUGCUGGUUGCAUAUAUUCAGGGCCACAACUGACAACAGAGCCUUAGGAAAAUCAUAAUAUUAAAUAUGGCAAAAUGUUUGGUCAAGAUCCGGACUCAACGAAGCCUCCACUUGCACAUGAUGAACCACUGCAGCAGUAAUGUGUUUGUCCGUCUGCUAAAACAUGGCUCCAAGGUCAUACCUCGAAAUGCUGGUGCUCCACUGCCUAGAGUGGAUGUUUCUGAGUCCUUAAUUGCCAACUCAGAAGAGAAUGGAACUCAGUGGGCAGAUCCUCUGAGUGAAGAGGAAGACAGAGUAGAAGGAGACCCCUUGACCAUCUCUGAACUAGCAAAGAAUGCCAGGCUGUUCCAUACGCCAGUGGAUGAUGAUGAAAUCGACGUGCUCUUCGACUGUCCAUCUAGGCUCGAGUUAGAAAGAGAAGACACAGAUUCCUUUGAGGAACUGGAAGCAGAUGAAAAUGCCUUUUUGAUGGCUGAAGAGGAGGAGCUGAAGGAAACUCAUGAGGCUAUGUCAUGGAGUUACUACAUCCUGAGCGGCCGUAUAUGGGUCAACCCUAUAGUGAAGUGUUGCACCAGGCUCCUUGUGGUGGGCCUGGGACUGCUGCUGUUUGUAUUUCCCCUGAUCCUCCUCCUUUUGGAGUCAGUCUCUAUGCCAUAAAGGGAAUCAGCAGAACCUGCACAUGAUGGACCCAUCCAAGAUUUGUUUUCCACAUUCCAGAUUCAGUAGCUGACUGGGUAGAUAAGUUCACGAGUGAGCCCAGAGGAGCUCAGCAGUCAUCACCUCCGAGAAGAAGAAAGAAACAUCACUUGGGCCUUAAGAUUCAACUGUAUUCACCCAUCCGUUAGUAAAG